CAGAAGGUGAUUAGCACUCCAGUGUAUUGUAUAGCUCAUUGGUCGGGGCAAUGAGAGAACUUUCGUCUCCUUUUCUGUCGCUCGACGUUUUCUUGCUCAUGGUUUUUCAAGUGCUUAGAUAAAUUUGUUGUGUUUCCACUGAAUUUACCCGGCUUUUUACAAAACAUACAGCUUGAUUUCAUUUAUGGUACUAAAACAGAACCAAAAGGCGCUUCUUUCCCUGUUCGUGUUUUUCCGCUUCAGCGGUCUCUCUCGCUCAGUCUGAGCCGCAACCACGCGGUUGUUUGUGUGUUGAGUGAAGAGAAGCGGGCCAGGCUGAGCCUGGUGCUGAUUGGCUGGCGCCACUGUAUGAAGGUAAUCUUGUUCCAAUAGGAUUUGUGCAUUGUAAGCAUGAAUUUGAAGUUGUGGAGGGAGUUAAAUUCUAAGUUUUGUAUUUGUAGAAUUAAAAAAAAUUACAAGUACAAUUUUUUUUAUACCUGUUCAAAUUUUAAGUACAAGUGCACAAAUUGUGUUCUGUGAGUUGCACAUCAAAAACCUCUUACAUUCUCAGUUUUGCUCCAAAUGGUCCAGAACUAUUGUUGCUAAACUUUUUGUGCAUUGUAAUUUUGGUGUUUUGUAAUUGUAGAUCUGUCACAAGUACAAAAUAAAGUUACACCUCUUCAAAUUCUUGAGUACAAGUACACAAAUUGUGUUCUGUGAAUUGUGUAACCUGGUUGUAUUUCUUUUUUUUUGUUAUAAUUACACAAAAUGUUUUUAUUUGGUUAUUUGUAUUGUUACUUACCUGACUGAAACACCUCUAGAAAUUCUCACUGUUUUAACCGUGUUACUUUAAGAAUGGAAGCCCCUCCUUUUUGGUUCUUCUUCUGUGGUAUUGCCUUUAAAUAGUUUGCACCCCUUAGGCCCUCCCCCUUUGUCAUGUUGUCCUGCGGGAGAGGUGUGUGCUAUUUAUUUUUCCUCUGAAUAUAUACAGUUUAUUUAUAUAUAUAUUAAGUUUAUUUUUGUUAUGUACUUCUGUUUUAUGUAGGACUUGGAGCGGGCAGCCUAUAACACGGUUGUAUGUUGUUCUCGUCAGGUAUGUGGCAUAAAGAAGGUUUAUUUUCUUUAUUGUUGUGAGACAUGGUUCGCCCUUUGUCAUGUUGUCCUGCGGGAGAGGACUUGGAGCGGGCAGCCUAUAACACGGUUGUAUGUUGUUCUCGUCAGGGUUAUGAAUCCCCCCAGCAGCCUGGUGCAGUAUACAACCAGCCGCUGUACCCCAUGGGCCAGCAGUGUGAAGAAGAGGCAGUCCCCAUCACCAUUGAGUACGUCUACAUGACUGAAGAAAACUCUGUUGAUGACUUCCUGGGCUACUCCAUCUUCACCAUGCUCUUCUGCUGCCUCCCACUUGGAACUGCAGCUGGUGUCUACUCCCUCUUAGUCCGUCAAGCCAACCGGCUUGGUGACCGAACGUCUGCAAAGCGGAACAGCAGAACCGCCAGGACGUUAAACCACGUGGCUCUGGGACUGGGAAUUGCAUUGUGGGUCAUCCUCAUAAGUCUCCUGAUUUCAUUUUUUGUGAUAAUAUCUUCCCUUUGAUUGUCAUUUUGGAGGCAACCGGACUUUCGUUCAGUUCUUUCUGAGAGUGUUUCAACACCUAUCCAGGAGUCUGUCAAUUGUGGUGGGUCGCUCUUGAGCACUGAGAAUUUGCACAGGCAUUGUCAUUGUUUUCUGAUUGGAGAGUCCAAUGUGUAUAGAGACUUGGACAUUCUCUGACAGUUUUAUUUUGUAUCAAAACAAAGUGUUUUUAUUUCAAACAAAGUGGGACAAUUGACAAAGUAGUUAAGAAAUUUGAAAAAGUGGGGCCAUUAUCGCAGACAAUAGCCAUGUCUCAAUUCAUGGGCUGCAUUCCUGAAGACUGCAUUUGUAGGUCGAUUACGUCACAGCACUGAGACAAAGGCAGUUCUACUUAACGACUCCUUCAGAGGCUCCUUCAAAUGCAGAUGACAAGAUUUUAAAAUACUUCUGUCUAUAAAUCCCUGAAUGGCUUAGCACCAAAUACAUCACAGACAUCUUGUCAGUGUGUCAACCAAUCUAUAUAAAAUCAAGUUAAGUAGUUGUAAAAAAAAAAAAAAU